AUGAAAAAGUAUCGCCAUAAUUGGUGGAAAACCGUUAACAUUGCACCAGAAAAUCUAACUUUCCAUCCGGCAAAAAGCAAAGAAUCGGACGUAUACUGGGUGUCACUUUUAAAAUCUCAAGCGUAUAAAGGUGGAUUUGACGUAUCACGAGCAGAAGUGUAUGUCAAGAAUAAAUUAGAAAAUUAUGGCUUCGAUGUUCAAGAAAAGCUCAAGAAAUCCUUGAUAACUGGAAGUGAUGAACUUUUAGUUCGACACUUAACGCAAACUGAUUGUUUUUGUAUUCAGAAGUCUUUGUUCUAUGUUAAUUUAUACAAGUUUAAAUUCGCACAAGAAAGAAAUCAAGAAGAAAUUCUUGUGAAUUUUAUGCGGAUACCAUUGGAGUUGAUUGAAAGAAAUCAAAGACGCGGCGGACAACAAGAAAGAAAUCAAGAAGAUUCGAAUUUUUAUUCGUCAA